UUAAAAGAAUAAUGGUAAAAACUAUAGAAAAUAAAAAGGAAAUUAUUAGAAGCUCAAUUAAUCUUAUAUGGGAAGCUACUGAGAGAAGAGUUAGAGAAAUUUUUUUCAAUGAUGAUUUACGCUCAGCAACCGUUUUCUUAACUGAUGGCACUAAUAAUACUGAAAAUUUGAACGCCCCGGAGCG